CAUCUCCGUCUGUAAAGAGAGAGAAAUUGUGAAAUGGCCAAGUUAGGGUAUGUUAUGUUAUUAGUACUACUGUGCUCUGUUAACAUUACUAGUGCACGUAAUGUUCCUGUAGAUUCAUCAUCAGUAGUUGUUCAUCCUCACAAAGCUACAACCAAGUCAGCUGCACUAGGUGUGAAUGAUCAAAAGAAUUUUGUCAAAUACGGUGGUAUAGGUGGCUACGCAGGUAUUGGGGGUUUCACUGGUGUUGGUGGUGCUCUAGGGGGUGUUGGUGCAGCUGGUGGAGUAGGUGCCGCUGGGGGUGUUGGUGGUAUCGGUGGUAUUGGUGGUGCAGCAGGCGGGCUUGGUGGACUCGGUGGUUUGGGAGGUGGUAGUGGUCUCGGCGGUGGCAGUCUUGGUGGGCUAGGUGGUUUGGGAGGUGGAAGCGGUCUUGGUGGAACAGGGGGUUUAGGUGGCGGAAGUGGUCUUGGUGGUUUAGGAGGUGGAAGUGGUCUUGGUGGUUUGGGUGGUGCUGCAGGUGCAGGUGGUGGUGCAGGAUGUGCAGAUGGUAGUGGUGUUCAUCCUCUACCAUAA